AUGGAGUGUCCUCCACUGAAGAGGAGGGGAACUUGGACUUACUUGAGGGAGCUUCUCAAUAUCUGGAUGCUUAAAGAGAAGCUAUGGAGCCAGCACCUGGAUGAGGCCAACAUGCUUCAGCAGAAGAGGAUCUGGGAGUCCCCACUACUUAAGGCAGUCAAGGAGAAUGACCUCUGCACCCUCAAGAAGCUGCUGCUGGAUGGUCCCAGGGAUAUUCAUCAAAGAGGAGCCCUGGGGGAGACAGCACUUCAUAUUGCUGCCUUCUAUGACAACCUGGAGGCAGCCAAGUUGCUGAUGGAUGUUGCACCCGAACUGGUGAAUGAACCAAUAACCUCUGAGCUGUAUGCAGGUCAGACUGCACUUCAUAUAGCUAUUGUGAACCAAAAUACAAACUUGGUGAAGGCUUUGCUGGCCUGUGGUGCCAGUGUUUCUGCCAGAGCUACUGGAAUGGCUUUUCGUAGGAACAAAUUCUACUAUUUUGGGGAGCACCCUUUGUCUUUUGCUGCUUGUGUGGGCAAUGAGGAGAUCGUCCGACUACUUAUUGAGUAUGGAGCUGACAUUAGGGCACAGGAUUAUCUAGGGAACACAGUUCUGCAUAUCCUCAUCCUGCAGCCCAGUAAGACCUUUGCCUGCCAGAUGUAUAAUGUACUGCUCUCCUAUGAUGGGCGUGGGAGCCACCUACAGCCACUUGAGCUCAUUUCCAACCACCAGGGUCUUACCCCUUUCAAGCUAGCUGGUGUGGAAGGCAACACUGUGAUGUUCCAGCAUCUAAUGCAGAAGCGCAAACAUAUCCAAUGGACAUAUGGACCAGUGACCUCCACACUGUAUGAUCUUACGGACAUUGAUUCCUGGGGAGACGAAUUGUCCUUCCUGGAGCUUGUUGUCUACACCAGGAAACGUCAGGCCCGAGAGAUCCUGGAACAGACUCCUGUGAAGGAGCUAGUAAGCCUCAAGUGGAAGAUGUUUGGGAGGCCGUAUUUCUACAUGUUGGGUGCCCUCUAUAUUCUCUACAUUAUUUGUUUCACCAUGAGUUGUGUCUACCGCCCUCUCAAGCCCCGGAGCAGCAACGUCACCAAUCCACGAGAUAUCACUAUACUCCAACAAAAAUGCCUUCAGGAAUCCUAUGUGACCCAAGAGGAUUAUAUUCGACUAGUUGGGGAGCUGAUUUCUAUUGCUGGGGCUGUGGUCAUUUUACUUGUAGAGAUUCCAGAUAUCUUAAGAAUUGGUGCUGCUCGAUACUUUGGACACACCAUUCUUGGAGGACCCUUUCAUGUCAUCAUCAUAACCCAUGCCUGCAUGGUGUUAGUGAUCAUGGUGAUGCGACUCACCAGCUCAUCUGGGGAAAUGGUGCCUAUGUCUUUUGCCCUGGUACUUGGCUGGUGCAGUGUUAUGUACUUCGCCCGAGGAUUCCAAAUGCUGGGGCCCUUCACCAUCAUGAUCCAGAAGAUGUUUUUCGGGGAUCUGUUACGAUUUUGUUGGCUGAUGGCUGUGGUUAUCCUGGGUUUCGCCUCUGCGUUUUAUAUCAUCUUUCAGACAGAGAACCCGAACAGGCUGGGCCAUUUCUUCAAUUAUCCCAUGUCAAUAUUCUCCACCUUUGAGCUCUUCCUUACGAUCAUUGAUGGUCCUGCCAACUAUGAUGUGGAUCUGCCCUUCAUGUACUGUUUGGUCUACUUUGCCUUUGCCAUCAUCGCUGUACUUCUCAUGCUGAACCUCUUCAUUGCCAUGAUGGGUGAUACUCACUGGCGGGUGGCCCAUGAGCGGGAUGAGCUCUGGAGAGCCCAGGUUGUGGCCACCACAGUAAUGUUGGAGAGGAAACUACCACGAUAUCUGUGGCCACGUUCAGGCAUCUGCGGGAGAGAGUAUGGACUCGGAGACCGCUGGUUCUUGCGGGUUGAAGACCUCCAGGACCAUAACCCUUUGCGUGUACUCCGAUAUGUCGAAGCUCUCAAGCCAUCUGACCAAAAUGAAUCAGAUCAGGAGCAUUUAUCUGAGAAGCCUCCCUCUAAGAGGGAGGGUAGAAUAUGGGGGAAGGCCUCAUUAGCAACCCCUACAACCUCCUUAUCUCGAACUACAUCCCAAAGUAGUUCUAGUCACUGGGGCUGGGAGGUCCUUCGCAGAAACACCUUGGGUCAUGUGAACCAUGGUCUGGAUUUGAGAGAUGGGGAUGAAGAGGAGAGAGUCUACCAUAUAUGACAAGGAAACACUUGACUUUCAGCCUUUUGACACAGGACAUUUGGGACUAGAGGAAGAAUAACAUCUAUCUAAAUGUGACUAAUCCUAAAACCCAAGUAACCAGUGGAAUAUGGGUCAUUCCAGCCUAUUCAGUAAUUUAUCCUUCUCUGGACAAAGUAGAAUUGUGGGCAUUCUGUCCAUGAAUCCUCAUGCCCUAGGCAAAGGGUCUAAGGUUUGAGUCAAAUAUUCUUUAACUCCAAGUUCACUGUCAGUGAAGAAGAGAAUUGGUGCUAAAAUUUGGGGCUAGCUGUGAAGAGGGGAACUGUGACCAUGUCUUGUACAGUUACUUUUUCCUUGAAUUGAAUUAGAACUCUCAUUUUGUGAAAUUCCAACCACUCCCCACCUCUACAGGGGAAAGAUGGUUAACAAUUUCUAUAGCUCCUUUGUUCACUCAGCAUUUGCACGAGUAAUUUCAAAUGAACUUCUGGGCUGGGCGUUGGCCACUUCAUUGUAUUAGGAUCUGGCUCUUGUAUCUUGCCAUCAAUUACCUCAUAAUAUUAAUUUUUCUGUCAGACCACCCAGUUAAUUUUCAAUCACCCUUCCCCCUUUCCUUGUAACCUCAAUAAAAUUCAAUAUGCCUGGCUAAGAAGAAGCUCUCAUUCCAUCAGAGCUAAAUCCUGUCCAGCUUACCCUAU